GGGAAAAUCAACCCGAAUGAUCUAUUCGAAUACUUGACUGGAGUUCAACUUGAUUUCAUAUAAGUUAAACUCAAAUUAAGUUGGAUAGCCCUGGGAUUUUGAGGUAAGGAAGCUCUUUCCGGCACUGAUAUCACAAGUCAAGCACGUGACUGUUUGUCAGCCAGGCACAGAAUUAGUACGUACCGGACCAGGCUAGCUCCGCGCCAGGACCAUUUUCGCCAGGCUGCUCAGAGCUGUCGUCAACACCACUCAACUCCACGACCCAGCUGCUUCCAUCUACCUCCAUCACCUCAACCUACGCCCCUCCAAACCGCCGCGCACAUCUCCUUCCACGACAGCAUUUCGACGACGCCAGCUCGCUACCGCAUUUUUCACUCCUUAACACCGACCAUAUCAUCGCAAUGGAGCGCUUCAGGAACAUGCUCCAGUCACAGGGUCUCGGUGGCCUGGGCAGCCAACCCGGAACGGACAAUACACAGCUUAUCGACAACUCCGAGACUGUCUACAUCUCCUCCCUUGCCCUCCUCAAGAUGCUGCGACACGGCCGUGCUGGUGUUCCUAUGGAAGUCAUGGGUCUGAUGCUGGGAGAGUUCGUCGACGACUUCACGGUACGCGUGGUGGAUGUUUUCGCCAUGCCCCAAAGUGGUACUGGUGUUAGUGUAGAGGCCGUCGACCCUGUCUUCCAGAUGAAGAUGAUGGACAUGUUGAGACAAACCGGAAGACCCGAGGCCGUCGUUGGAUGGUACCAUUCCCAUCCUGGUUUUGGAUGCUGGCUUUCAUCCGUCGAUAUCAACACUCAGCAGUCUUUCGAGCAGCUGACUCCGCGUGCUGUCGCCGUCGUCGUCGACCCCAUUCAGUCCGUCAAGGGCAAGGUUGUCAUUGAUGCCUUCCGCCUGAUCAACCCUCAGUCCCUUAUGCUGGGUCAAGAGCCCCGGCAAAGCACGAGUAACUUGGGCCACCUCAACAAACCUUCGAUCCAGGCCCUCAUUCACGGUCUGAACAGACACUACUACUCCAUCGGCAUCAACUACCGAAAGACGGCGCUCGAGGAGAACAUGCUCAUGAACCUGCACAAACAUGUUUGGACCGAGGCAUUGGAGAUGAACGACUUCAGACAUGAGGGCGACUGCAACAAGGAGCGCUUGGAGCGUCUCGUCAGCCUUGCGGAAGGCUACGAGAAGCGUGUCAAGGAAGAAACCGAACUGACGAAGGAUCAGCUCAAGACCCGCUAUGUCGGCAAGCUCGACCCUAAGAAGCAUUUGGAGGACGUUGGUCAGCAGCUGAUUGAGGACAACAUUGUGUCCGUCUCGAGACAGAUGAUCGACAAGGAAGCGACGAUGCCUAAGAAGGACGGACCGGCAGGGGGUAAGGAUCAAUCAAACGGUGACUCCAUGGAUGUGGAAGAGGAGUUGUGAGGAGGUUAAGGGCCAUGAUUCAGGGACGGUCUCAGGCGGGAUUCGAGAACUUUGCCAGCACUGUACGAUUAGGCGUUUAGGUGGACGGGAACGCAACAUCUAGAGGACCCGCCAGGCAUAA